AUGUCUUUGCGGAUUCUUCUCCUUCUCUUCGCUAUUUCUUGCCUUUCCUAUGCAGGACGAUGCCGAUUUCGUGAAAGCAGAGUUAAUGAACAGGUAAUUCGAAUUGGGCGCGGUUGCCGUGGAAGAGUCUCAUUGGCAGGGGAAGAAUACUGGUCAUCUGUCGGCUAUGAUGGCAGGUUAAGGGAUGGCCGUACCACUAGUGACUUCCUCACACUUCCUCAAUCUGGUGGGGGACAAGUUCGAGAUGGUUGGGUGGCUUUUUGGUGAGU